UGGGGCGAAGGGAGGGCAGCGCGCGGGGGGAGGCAGCGCGCAGUUCUCGCGUCAUUUGGUUUGGAGUCGCGGGUGCGCGCGUGGGAGCGGUGGGUUCGCUGCGGGGGCUGCCGGGAGCACGGUCGGGCCGGGACUGAGGCGGCGGCGUCGCUCGCAUCUCCACCUUGCUGAGACAUUGGACGCUGCUUUCUUUACAGCAAGGAAAAUCUGAAUUUCUCCAGCACUCAGGAUGGGGAAAGAUUACUAUUCUAUCCUGGGAAUUGAAAAAGGAGCUUCUGAUGAGGAUAUCAAAAAGGCUUACAGAAAACAAGCACUGAAAUGGCAUCCCGAUAAGAACAAAUCUCCCCAUGCAGAAGAAAAAUUCAAAGAGGUUGCAGAAGCCUAUGAAGUGUUGAGUGAUCCCAAAAAGAGAGACAUUUAUGAUCAGUUUGGGGAGGAAGGUCUUAAAGGAGGAGCAGGAGGAUCUGAUGGCCAGGGUGGUACCUUCCGGUACUCCUUCCAUGGUGACCCACAUGCUACAUUUGCAGCUUUCUUUGGUGGCACAAAUCCUUUUGAGAUCUUCUUUGGGAGGAGGAUGCCUGGGGGCAGAGACACUGAAGACAUGGAGGUGGAUGGUGAUCCAUUUGGAUCCUUCACUAGUUUUAGUAUGAAUGGUUUUCCAAGGGAAAGGAAUACAGUUGGCAGCCAAUUGCGUCGUAAACAAGAUCCCCCUGUAAUCCAUGAACUUAAGGUGUCACUGGAAGAGAUCUAUCAUGGCUGCACAAAAAGAAUGAGGAUUUCACGGAAAAGGCUUAACCCAGAUGGCAGAAGUGUCCGAAUGGAGGACAAAAUUCUUACUAUUGAGAUUAAAAGAGGAUGGAAAGAAGGCACCAAGAUCACUUUUCCAAAAGAAGGCGAUGAAACACCCAACACAAUUCCAGCUGAUAUUGUUUUUAUCAUUAAAGACAAACCUCACUCUCAUUUCAAGAGAGAUGGAUCAAAUAUUGUGUAUCCUGUUAAGAUCAGCUUAAGAGAGGCUUUGUGUGGCAGCUCUUUCAAUGUGCCAACGAUAGAAGGAAGAACCAUACCCAUGACAGUCAAUGAAGUGAUAAAGCCUGGGAUGAGAAGAAGAAUUAUAGGAUAUGGUUUGCCAUUUCCCAAAAAUCCUGACCAGCGUGGAGACUUAAUUAUAGAGUUUGAAGUAAUUUUCCCAGAUAACAUUUCUCCAGCAUCAAAAGAAGUACUUAGGCGAAAUCUUCCAGUUUCAUAAAAUGGAAGACUGUGUAUGUCAACAGAUUAAAAUAGGACACUGGAAAUGCAGAAGACUGGCGAGUCUGUGCUUUAAAAGUGCAAUCUGUAACACCUAGUGGAAUCUUUGUUUUUUUUUGUUUUGUGGGACGGGUGGGGGGAAAAUACUGUAAUGCUGCAUGAGAAGAAAAGGGUUUAAGUAGAAGUCAUACAGGUGAAUUCUGCAGUAAAAAUUACAGGGAAAACCACUCAUUUUCUUUUACAUCUUCCUAAUCAGCAAAGUUUAGUCAUUAUUUUGCUUAAUAUAAUUGCAGUAAUUUUUUUACGAAGUCAGUUCAUAUUUCUGUUAAAGUACUUGAGCUUCCAAGUACAUUAUUUCUUAUAUCCUCACCAUGUCUAUAACAUUACACAUUUAUACAGAAAUUUGAGAUCAUAGUAGAAAUACACAAAGGUAUAAAUAUUUUAAAGAGCAAAACAUGAGAGAGAUCAUUUCAGUAUGUUGCUUUCCACUGCACAAAGCAUAGGUCAGAAGAAUCAGCUUGGACUCUUGAACAGCCCUCCUGUGCAAUGAAAGCCUUCUCUUUAUUGCCCCUGGAAGUUUCAGGGCUGCACUGUGUGUGUGGCAAAGGGCACAUGGCCUGAGGAGCCAGAGUAGCCAUUUGCUGUGGGGUAGCUCCUCAACCUUCAGGCAGUGCAGCAAGAAGGGCAUCUUCAAGGACAUGAACAGCCAAGGGUGAGCCUGCUGUCCAGUGGGGCUGGUGACCCAUGUCAUGGGGAAGGUUGAGGUACUCUGUUGCCUUUGCAUCAGUCACUACAGUAAAACAAGCAUGCAGGGAUUCCAGGCCCCGGAGGGGAAAUGCAGAACCUUGGUGGUGGAGGACUGGGUUAGGGUGCACUUUACCUGGAAGUCUGUAAGCCUGACAGAUUGCACCCAAGUGUUGAGGGAGCUGACUAAUGCCACUGCAGGGCCACUCGUGUUUAUCUUUGAGUGGUCAGGGAGAUUGAGAGAUGUUCUGGUAGACUGGAAAAGAGAAAAUACCACUCUCCAAGAAAACCAAGAAGAUUUGGGAAUCUACAGGCUAAUCAGCUUCACCUAAGCCCUUGGUAAUAUGAUGGAAAAGAAUCCUCCUGGAAAGCAUUUCUAAAAGGUGGUCAGGGUAGUCAACACUGAUGUACAGCAGGGAAAUCUUGCUUGACCAAUCUCAGUGCCCUCUACAGUGAGCUUUGGGAAUGUUGGGAGAACAGUCUGUGUUGUUUACCUUUUACAUCGGUAGACAGACUGAUUAAGUACAGGUUAGAUAAGAGGAAAGUGAAAUGGGUUAAAAGCUGGCUGAAUCAGUGGGCACAGGGGGUUUAAUCAGUAGCACAAAGUCCAGUUGGAGGAAAGUUAAUAGUGGUGUACCCUGUGGCUCAGUAAUGGGGCCAAUACUAAUCAGCAUCAUUAAUAACUUGAAUUAUGGGAUGGAGUUUAGAAAUCAUAUAAACUGGAAGAAGUAGCUGGUGCCACCAACUGAUGUACUCAGCCUUUGCAAGUGGCCUCAACAGGCUGAAGAACUGGGCAGGAUUCUCAUGAAGUUCAGGAAGGGGGAGUGCAAAGUUUUGCUCCAUUGGGGAGUAAGUGACCAGCAAACCGUCAAUAAACUGACUGAGCUGGCAAUGCAACCUUGUGGCAACAGAGGCCAAAGCUUUCCUAGCAGGUGAGGGGAGAUGAUCCUUCCUUGUUACUCUCAGCACUGAUGAGGAUCCAUCUGGAGUACUGGAGUCCUUGGUACCUGGAGGAUACAAACUUGGUGGAGCAGCUCCAGCACAGGACCGUGAUGAGAGGCUGAGAGAGCUGGAACUUGUUGGCAUGGGGAAGAAAAGCCUUGGGGGAGAUCUUGGCACCUAGCAGGAGGGAGUGAAGGUGGAGGAGCCAGGCUCUUCUCGGUAUAUUUCAGUGACAGGCCUAAAUGGACACAAGUUAGUUAGGGAUUCCAUCUGAACACAAGGAAGCACCUUUUUACUGAGAGGAUGGUCAGACACUGGAACAGGUUUCCUAGAGAGUUUGAGGAGUUGCUAUCCCUGGAUGCUCAUAGCCUGCCUGGACAUUGUGCAGGGCAGCCUGCUCCAGCUGACCAUGUGUGAACGGGUGUGUUGGAUUACAUCACACCAAGAGGUUUCUUGCCGGGUUGGAAAGAUGCACAAAGAACCCUGUAAAAGCAUUUGGCUAGGGCAGGUACUUUAAGAUCAUGCUGAUUAGGAUCAUACUCAAGUAUUCAUUAUUUUCAAAGGCCAAACUUUACUCCCAUGAAGAAGAAGGAAGAGCUAGGUCCUAUCUAUAGCCAAGUAUGCUUAGAGUCAGUGUGGGAUAGGGGUUGCCCAGAAACUUUCAUAUGCUAGAAUUGAGGUUGGUUUUUUUUUUUUUUAAAUUCAAAUAUGAGUUAGUUGUCUUUAGAGAUAAAAGAUGUGUAGAGAGAUGGAAAGCCCUCUGUAAUAGUCUAGUUUUUAUAAUACAGUAGUAGGGCUGGUUCCCUCGGUUGCAGCAUGGUAUUGGUGAAAGAAAUGCCUUGUGGGCUUGCGUUAUUACUUGAGUUUAAAACCGUAAUACAGUGCUUUAACAACACUUUCAAAUGAUUUGGGAAUUUUUUGUUGUUUUUCAUAAGAAAAUAUUUCAAGAUUUGCUGUCAGCCUUUUUGCCUGUGGAAAUACAGAGGUUUACCAGCUCUGUUUAGGUAGCCUAAGAAAUAGCAGUGUUAUAUAUGUGACUGCAGGAAAGUAAAUUGUACGGAAGUUGGGAUUUAAUUUACAAUAAUUUUUUAAUGAGUGUAAGAAGAAUGCAAUUUCUUCUGCUUAAAAGAAUAGAAUAUCUGUGGGGUAUUGUUCAAGUCAAUUUUUCAACUGCAGAUCUCUUCAUGCAGUAUCAGUUAGUUGUAGUCCUACAUUGACAGAAAGUAAACAAUUGCUGGAGCAGUAUCACAAAGAAAGAAAAAUUGCUGCUUAGUGCUUCUGCAUAUUGUUAAUACUAUAUAUUGUUUGUUGAAAAAAUUUCCAUUUCAGUAUGUUCCGUAUUGCAUUUCUUAUGUGGUUUUUAAGUAAAAAGUGUAAAGUUCGUUUUUAACUUUCUCUUAUUAUUUUGUUAUGAUGGCAAAUGCUACAAGCUACACAACUUUAAAGCAUAUCAACCUAAAAUACCUAUUUGUCAUUUUAAAAGCUAAUGGAAUCAAGCAUUUUGUAAUCCAGGAUCUUGUAACCAUAUCCAACUUGUAAAAAAAAGUUACAACUAGGACUAUUUUUUUGUAACCAUCUUCAGGUAAGAGGAGUAGUGUUAAAUUGAUGAAUUGCAGUAUCUUGUGUAUUUAGAGGUGUAUAUAUAUAUAUAUAUGUAUAGCAAACUAAACUUUUCCAAUUGUUUUCAAGCUCAAAAUAUAAAACUUAGAAGACUGGUAUGAAAUAAAUGCUUGUAUUUCUUUUCUUAUGGAGAGGUAACAAAGGAUAUGUUUCAGAAACCAGCAUGUAGAAUUACUUCAAAAUAUGAGAGGAAGCAUUAAUAUCUAUCUAAUCCAGGAUUCACAAGAAAUAUUUUUCUAAUCAAAAAUGUGCUUAAAAGCUGUUUUAAAACCCACUUCAUUAUUUAAUAAAGUUACUUGGGAGAAGGAGACAAAUACUCGGUCAACUACUAUAUUUGUAACUACUGAAAUACAUGAAAAUAAAAUGGUCAUUCAUUAAA